AAUGCAGUCAUAGAGGUGGUAAUUAUUCCUUUCUAAUGCCUGACGUACUUCAUUCCAUCCGAUGCUCAUCUGCACUUCACAUAUAUGCCUUCACCAGAUUCUUUGUGUCAGUAAGCAAGAGUGGAUCAGUUUUACCAUGUUCAUGCUGUUCACAAUCAUGGCGAUAACUCAAUCGAUUAAUGGCAGCGGUGAUAGUAAAAAUUAUUACAUGGAGCGUGAAGGGCAUUAAUUAUAUUUCGGAAGUUAAACGAGUAUUAUAUAAACGGAAGAAAUGGCUAUCAACCGCGAGGUUUUCAUAUCAUUCUAUGCCAUCCUGAUAUGCCUUGGCGUGCCAGGUAAUGUCCUGAUAUUAGCUGGAUACUCCAGAAAGAAAGUCAAGAAUGGCACGGAUAUAUUCAUCAUGGGCCUCGCAGCAGUGGAUUUGUUCUCAUCUUUCUUGACUAUUGCCAAGUUUCGACCCUGGGUGAGAAGCAACAGUUUCUGCCAGUUUCAAUUUUUCUUCACGGGGUGGAUUGCCAUGGGCCAGAUGGCGGUGACACUGGCGAUAAGCGUUGACCGCUACUUCGCGGUUUGUCGGCCGAUCCAUCGCCGUCCGCGCGUCAAGACCGCCAUUGCCGUCAUAAUUCUCUGCAUCAUCGGAACCGCGCUUCUUUAUUCCCCAGUGUUAGCUGCCGUGCGCUAUGAACCGACGAUCAAGGACUGUAUCUACCGCCAGGAUUUGCAAUGGUUCUUGAGCUAUGACCGAUAUGUUGUCCAGAGCUACGUGGUUCUAACUCUCAUCCUUGUUACCGCGGUGUAUACCCGCAUUGUCUUUGCGUUACGACGGCAGACAAAGGUGAGAACUGCUCUAACCGCCAGUGAGCCAUCGCAUACGAAAACAGACAUGGAAGCUACCGCGACCAUGCCAUCCAUAACCGGCAAUAACACCGGUCAAGGUACAUCUGGUUCUGGCUUGUCGACAUCGACAGAUCCUAAACAGGCUGGAUCAUCCGAUACCCUCGAGAGAAAUACGUCAGAUGGAGACAAUGGAGGGGAACUCUUGACCAUUUCUAACACCAAAACCAACGUAAGGAAUGAAGGAGUCAUUCCUGCAAAUCAAACUAAGAUUACUGCGGUUCGAUCAUAUCCUCUGGGUGAAAGGGUCUCUGUAGUAAACCCUGGAGCCGCUACCGGAACCGCCACUGCAGUAGAUACAACCGCUUUGGGACGGCAGGGAGAGAAUCGCCUGACGCUGAUGCUUGGUUGGGUGACCGUGUUUUACGUCGUAAGUUGGCUUCCUGCCAUAAUAGGACGUUAUCUCCCUGUUGAAGUUCGUCGUGAUUUCAUGAGUAGGUCCGAUCUUCACCACACGCUCUACGCCAUAUUUUUCCGUUUCUACGAAAUCAAUUCAGCCAUUAAUUUUUUCAUAUAUUGGCCUCUCAACAAGCGAUUUCGACAGAAUUGCAAAGACAUUUUUAUUCAAAUCAAGAAUUAUAACUCUUAAUGUAAAAGUGCAUUGUACUGUAUACGGUCGAUCAGGACUGGAAUUUUCAGACAUUUCCCAUUCAAUUUAAUUUCGAUUAAUGUUUAGCGAUCUGUAUACCUUUUCAUAUUAUGGAAAUAUCGAAAUAUUUAGGAAAUGUAGAAACAUUUGAUUUUGAGUAAUAGUGAUACAAAUUUAUCUUUGAUGGUCAAAUAAAAGUCCGAUUCAAUUAUAGCAUUGAACUGGAAAGCGCGGACUUUUAAUGGAAUUCGUUGCUUAUAUAUAUUUUUAAUAUAGCUCUCAGUUCAAAUAAUUGUUUAGACCUAUUCAUUAUCCGGUGAGAUUACAUGAGUAAUAUAUAAACUACCAUCAUUCAAGUCAAAGGUAUAUUAAUGUCUCUUAAUGGUUGCAGAUUAUCUUAAAUUAUAAUAGGAAAAUAGUUCUGGUUUAAUAAGUGGUCAUCAUUGCUAUGUUUAUAAGAAUUUUGUUAGUUUGGAAAAAAUAGUGUACUGUUUUUUAAAAAUAUUUUUGAUAGAACAUUGCUGGUGCUGAUCUGAGUUUAA